AUGCUGAAGGGGGUGAUGGCAGUUCAUAACGGGAAGAAAUGGACGGGCUUUCCGGCCACUCCUGACGAAAAGCCGGUCUGGGACUGGCCUCGCUCACUACAAGAGCGCGCCUUCAGCAAUGCACCAUAUAAGCUUCAUACAACAAAAACCGCGAACCAGUUUAAGGAACGGAAAGGUCAGAUGGACCUCUUCUUUCAGACGCCAGCCACAAGAGCGAGCGCGACCUUCAAGUACAAGCAGGUCCUCGUCGUUGGGGAGCAAAAGAAGUCAUACGACACGGGCAGAUUCAAGGCGGAUCUCCUGCAGCUCACCCGCUACGUCCGAGGCGUCUUCACCGACCAGCCCACGCGCCGAUUUGUACACGGCUUCACCCUCUGCGCUUCCACGAUGGAGUUGUGGGUCUUCGAUCGGUCUGGGUCGUACAGUUCGGGGCCAUUCGACAUUCACGACGAGCCGGAUAAGCUUGCGCAUGCUAUUGUUGGGUAUGCCACAAUGGAUGACGAUGCGAUGGGUCUAGACACAUUCAUCGAGCGAAAGAGUGGGUAUCGUUAUGCUACACUGGACAAUGCAAGCGGCAACGAAUCGAGGACCAGGCUGGGGGCGCCUAUAGUCAGGCAGAAGGCCAUCGUCUGUCGCGGAACGACGUGCUUCAAGGCCGGAAAGGGCGACGUUGCGAAGUUCUCGUGGGCAUCGGACAAGCGGAAACUCGAGGUGAACCAGCUAAAGCUGGCGGAAGAGAGGGGUGUGAAGCGGGUGGCGAGAGUAGUGGCUCAUCGUCGCAUCACUACCAUUGCAGACAUGCGUGAGGGACUGCAGUUUCUAGAACGACACCGGUUCCAGAAUAAAGACGUUCCCCUGGACGAUCCGCCGUUGGGUACAGCAAGCGUAAAGACAUCUAGCAACAAACGCGAAUCAUCUUCCGAUUAUACGUCUGACGCGUCCGGGUCCAAGAGGCGGCGCUCCAACCGACAAAAGUCUAAGCUGGCUACGAAAUUCAACGAGCAGUUGUCUAUCACGAAGACAAAGCCGACCGGCCGUAUUAUCAGCGAUUACGAGACGGUGGAGGAACUGCUGGAGACAAUGCGAGAUGCCAUCAAGGUAUACCAAUCCCUUUACAUAGCUGGUAAAAUUCUGCACCGGGAUAUUUCUUCAAACAACAUCAUUAUUACGGAUCCCAAGGUAGCGGAUGGCUUCAAGGGUAUGCUCAUCGACCUUGACCUGGCCAAAGUAAGAGACAGUAGUCCAAGCGGAGCGCGGCACCAGACAGGCACGCUGCAAUUUAUGGCAGUCGAGGUGCUGCGCAAGGCCGAUCAUACCUAUCGCUACGAUCUUAAGUCGUUCUUUUACGUACUGCUUUGGAUGUAUCUAUUGAGGAAAUGGGAGAUGGGAAGUUUUAAGGACAUUGCCAGGAUCAAAGCGGGUGACAUGACGGUCGAUGGGCUUGAAGAGAUUAUGGGUGAAUUUGCUGACGCGCUCGAUGCCGUCAAGCCGCUCUGCCUGAGGAUUAGGAAGAUCCUCUUCCCCUUAGACAAAGAUGAAAGGAUGAGCUUUGGAACCCCUGCAGGAGACCCAAACCAACUUUAUGAGCACAUUAUAGCAGCGUUUGAUGAGGCUAUUCGAGAUGGGUAA